AUGGCGGUUCUUUUGACUCCGCAGUUCGGUAGCCUCUGCAGCCAGAGCAAACUUCCCGAGCCUGCGCGGAGCGGGCAGAGUGUCGUGAGCCCAAAGGGUGUCUUCUCCCGGAAAAGAAGGCCAGGAGUUCGUCUUUGCCAAGUUCUAAUGAAACAUAAAGUAUUUGAACCAGUAGGAAUAAAGCUAUUCAAAAAUGAAAAGGAAUUGGAAAUUGAAGAUUCAAACAAUAGUCUCUACAGGUUUCUAGGCAAUAAAUCAUCUUAUGUUUGCAAAAGAAAAAAGGGUUCUGAGAAUGGGUUAACUGAUGAAAUAAAAGCAAAGGAAUCUUUAAGACCAGAAGAUGAAGUGAUUUCAAACCCUCUAGCACAAGAGCUGGGUGAGGAAAGAAUUGAGGAACUUAUUGAUACAAUGAGUAGGAAUCUGGCUUUACCUCCAAACAUCUGAUUUGACAGACCUGUUCUCCCACUUUCAAAAGAAGGUAAUUUCAUUUCCUUCUAUAUCCUGAUUGCUUCAGCCAAGACAGAUGUUUGGAAACAACAAACAUUGUUAUGCAUUUGUCAACUGAUACACCUUCCAUUCUUGGAAAAUAUUUUGGCAACUCCAGUUAAAACACGAAAUCUUGGAUUAAGUAAAAAGGAAAAUCUUGUUAUCUCAAACAGUUGCCUGGACAGAGAGGUUAUUCCAAACUUAUGCCUACCUGAGAUUGAUAACUGGCUUAAGGCAGCACUUGAAUGCUUGGAACAUUUCCCUGACCAGUUAAUAGUUAAUGUCAGCCAGCAGUUAGUACAGAACAGAAAUGAAGAGACAAGAUUGAAUAUGCAGAAGAAGUUACUCUUUGAUGUCAUAGUAAAGUAUUAUAAUCAAGAGAGAGAUUGCUUAUUAACUGAUGAGUAGUUUGAUAUUCAUUUAGGAAUUAUUGAACUUUUAGAAAAUGAGAAAAGAACAGAAGCAAUUGAAGCAACACAACCAUAUCUAAGAUUUUUAUUGCCCAACAUUAAAGAAGAAUUACAACGGUUACUUACUUUUAUGGCUCUUGCAUCAGAACCUAAUGCCUACAAGGUGCAAAAACAGUUUGAUAACAAAACGGUGGUCCUGAAAACUCUUGCCAAAGCAGUUUUGCAAUCCAGAUCAUUACUAAAAGUCCGGGCAGAACGACUAGUCUUAUUUCUACUGGAGUUUCAUUCUGAGCUCUUCAAGGUACCUCUGGCACUUUGCCUGGGCACAUUUAUUACUAAGCUACUGUCAAACAAAAAGGCAAAUCAUUCACUUAAUAAAUAA